AAGCAGAGAGCCAGUGGCGCCGCAGGUCGGGAGGAGGAGCACCGAGUGAAGGCUCAUUUGCCGGGGCCGCCCGAGAGCCUCUUCGUCGCGGGCGUUGGGGCCGCCAUCUUAGAUGGCGGGAGUAAGAAGAGGGCGAGCGUGAGACAGGAAGGCUUUCCUGCGGCUCUCCUUGGGCCCGGAAGAGGGCCAAUUGGCCCGGCUUUGGGGCGUGUGCCCCGAGGCGCGGAGCGCGGGUGCGACGAUGCGGGGACUGCCCGGGGCCCCGUCCCCUGGGCUAGGGACGCGCCGAAUGUGACCGCCUCCCGCUCCCUCACCCGCCGCGGGGAGGAGGAGCGGAUCAGACGCCGCCGCCGGACGACGGGACACGGAGGCGGUUCGGCUCCUUCAGGGCUAUGCUGUUUAAAAUGCAAGAGAAACAUUUGACCCGGUUGAACACUGGAUACUUGGAAAAAUAAACCUGUUAGUGUUUCUGCUGGAAAAGCUUAUCUUUUAGGUAUUGUGUAAGCUGCAUCAAUGGAGCACAUACAGGGGGCCUGGAAGACGAUCAGCAACGGUUUUGGAUUCAAAGACACAGUGUUUGACGGCCCCAGCUGCAUCUCGCCUACAAUAGUUCAGCCAUUUGGCUUUCAGCGUCGGGCGUCAGAUGAUGGCAAACUUACGGACUCAUCUAAGACAAGCAACACUAUUCGUGUUUUCUUGCCAAACAAGCAAAGAACAGUGGUCAAUGUGCGAAAUGGAAUGAGCUUGCACGAUUGCCUUAUGAAAGCACUCAAGGUGAGGGGCCUACAGCCGGAGUGCUGUGCUGUGUUCAGACUUCUCCAUGAACAUAAAGGUAAAAAGGCACGUUUAGAUUGGAAUACUGAUGCUGCCUCGUUGAUUGGAGAAGAACUUCAAGUAGAUUUCCUGGAUCACGUUCCCCUCACAACACACAACUUUGCACGGAAGACCUUUCUGAAGCUUGCGUUCUGUGACAUCUGUCAGAAGUUCCUGCUAAAUGGAUUUCGUUGUCAGACUUGUGGCUACAAAUUUCAUGAGCACUGUAGCACCAAAGUUCCUACUAUGUGUGUGGAUUGGAGUAAUAUCAGACAGCUCUUAUUGUUUCCAAAUUCUACUAUUGGUGAUAGUGGGGUCCCAGCACUGCCUUCUUUGACGAUGCGUCGGAUGCGAGAGUCUGUUUCCCGGAUGCCUGUUAGUUCCCAGCACAGAUAUUCCACACCCCAUGCCUUCACAUUCAACUCCUCCAGCCCUUCCUCUGAAGGUUCCCUUUCCCAGAGGCAGAGGUCCACGUCCACACCUAAUGUCCACAUGGUCAGCACCACCCUGCCUGUGGACAGCAGGAUGAUUGAGAAUAACAGCCUGAAUGCUUCUCCCAGGGCGUGGUCCAGACGAUUUUGUUUGAGGGGAAGAGAUGCAAUUCGAAGCCACAGUGAAUCAGCCUCACCUUCAGCCUUGUCCAGCAGCCCUAACAAUCUGAGCCCAACAGGCUGGUCACAGCCCAAAACCCCUGUGCCAGCACAGAGAGAGCGGGCACCAGGAUCUGGGACCCAGGAGAAAAACAAAAUUAGGCCUCGUGGACAGAGAGAUUCAAGCUAUUACUGGGAAAUAGAAGCCAGCGAAGUGAUGCUCUCCACUCGGAUUGGGUCAGGCUCCUUUGGAACGGUGUAUAAGGGCAAGUGGCACGGAGAUGUUGCAGUAAAAAUCCUAAAGGUUGUCGACCCCACACCAGAGCAGUUCCAGGCCUUCAGGAACGAGGUGGCUGUCCUCCGCAAAACACGGCACGUGAACAUCCUGCUCUUCAUGGGGUACAUGACAAAGGACAACCUGGCGAUUGUGACCCAGUGGUGUGAAGGCAGCAGCCUCUACAAACACCUGCAUGUCCAGGAGACUAAAUUCCAGAUGUUCCAGUUGAUUGACAUCGCCCGCCAGACUGCUCAGGGAAUGGACUAUUUGCAUGCAAAGAACAUCAUCCACAGAGACAUGAAAUCCAACAAUAUAUUUCUCCAUGAAGGCCUGACAGUGAAAAUUGGAGAUUUUGGUUUGGCAACAGUAAAGUCGCGCUGGAGUGGUUCUCAGCAAGUUGAACAACCCACUGGCUCUGUCCUGUGGAUGGCCCCUGAGGUGAUCCGAAUGCAGGAUAACAACCCAUUCAGCUUCCAGUCUGAUGUCUACUCCUAUGGCAUUGUGCUCUAUGAGCUCAUGACAGGGGAGCUUCCUUACUCCCACAUCAAUAACCGUGAUCAGAUCAUCUUCAUGGUGGGCCGAGGGUAUGCCUCCCCAGACCUCAGUAAGCUAUAUAAGAACUGCCCCAAAGCAAUGAAGAGGCUUGUAGCCGACUGUGUGAAGAAGGUUAAGGAAGAGAGGCCUCUUUUUCCCCAGAUCCUGUCUUCCAUCGAGCUGCUCCAACAUUCUCUGCCGAAAAUCAACCGGAGCGCUUCUGAGCCAUCCCUGCACCGGGCGGCCCACACUGAGGAUAUCAACGCCUGCACACUGACUACGUCCCCUAGACUGCCUGUCUUCUAGCUGACUUUGCACCUGCACUCAGGCCAUCGGGGGAGUAAGGGAAGUCAGCAGGCACCACCUUUCUGCUCCCUUUUGAUGGAGGCAGAGAGCUCAUUUUCAGAGAAGCUGCUAAGGACCUUCUAGACUACUCACAGGGCCUUAACUUCAUGUUGCCUUCUUUUCUACCCUUUCUGGCCCUGGGAGAAGGAAGCCAUUCGAAAUGCUGGUUUGUCCUGCUCCCUCCCUGCAUCCCCUAUGCUCUUGAGCCGAGAGCCUUCUCCAGAGCCUUCUCCAGAUGCACCCACAGCUGCCAGAUUUGGCAGUAUGUGAUCUGGAGCCCCAGCUGUUGGCUGAAUAUUUUUUUUUUUUAGGGC